AUGCCUUCAGCGGUGCCAUUCCAGAUUGUCGUUGUUGGUGGUGGUAUAGCUGGGCUUUGCGCUGCCAUUGCGCUGCGUGGACCUGGUCGACAAGUAACGAUAUUGGAACAGUCAAGACUAUUGUCCGAGAUUGGCGCAACAAUCUCCCUGCAACCGAAUGCCUCUCGAAUACUUGCCAAAGAAUGGAAGCUGGGAGCGCAACUCGAUAAAGCCGAUGGCAUGGUUGACGAAGGCUUCCGGAUAUUCAAUGUCGAAGGCAAGAUGGUGAAUUCAGUACCACUUCUUAGCAAAACCGAGUAUGGCGGUGACCGGAUGAUGUAUCACAGGCAGGAUCUACACAAGGCAUUGCAAGCUGCAGCUCUAGACCCAGACAGAAGUGGCCCACCAGCAAUUGUGCGGACAGCGUCACGAGUGGCCAGUUGUGAUUGUGCGACUGGGUCGGUGACCUUGGAAAGCGGCGAGGAGAUAUAUGGCGAUGUCAUUGUAGGAGCAGACGGCAUACACAGCGUCCUGCGCGAUGCCGUAGUGGGCGAGCACAUCAACACAAUUCCCACCGGACUAUCGGCCUAUCGUAUGGUACUGCCGAAUUCCGUACUAGAACAGAAAUGUCCGACCUUCUGCGAGCACAUCAAGCCGAGAGAACCAGCCACAUCCAUGAUGAUGGCGCACAGCUGCCGCUUGAUAAUGGGUCCUGCCCGGCAAGGUGACAUCUUCAGCAUCGUAGGGCUCGUACCAGACGAGAAGAUGAACGAGGAUGCCAACCAGAAACAAUCUUGGGUGUCGCGUGGUGACUUGGACAAAAUGCUGGAUACAUACCGAGAUUUCCCAGAGUGGAUGAGAGACGUGUUCAAGCAGGCGGAUGAUCUAGGUCUAUGGCAGCUUAGAGAUACUGAUCCGCUAUCGGCGUGGACGAAAGGGCGUGUGAUUCUGAUCGGCGAUGCUGCACAUGCGAUGCUUCCAACGCAAGGUCAAGGAGCAUCACAGGCAGUGGAGGACGCGGAGGCUCUGGGUGCUUUUUUUGCGGAUGUCGAUACGGUGCCAUCUGUCGAACGCGUCCAGCAGUCGUUGAAAGAGAUCGUUGAGUGUCGCUACGAGCGAGCCAGUCUUAUCCAAAAGUACUCACGCGAUGGCGCAAAGCCGGCCACUGAGAAAGGGUCCACGGAGGUAAAGAUGAGCCCAGCGGACUUCAUGGACUACAAUUGCACGUAUCCGGGUGCGAAAACGUGGUUUGCGCGGCAGACAGCCAAAGCAUGA